UGGCGGCGCCGGCGGGCGGGCGGGUGUUCGCGUUCCGCGACGCGCGCUGGGCCCCGGACCCGCUGCUCGAGCCGGGCCCGGCCGUGCGGACGCCGCAGCCCGUGCCGCUCGUCAUCGACAACGGCUCCUUCCAGACGCGGGCGGGCUGGGCCUGCGCCGAGCCCGCCGUGCCCGCCGAGCCGCUGCUGCGGUUCCGCUCGCUGGCGGCGCGCGGCCGCGGCGCCCGCGCCGGCGCCGAGACGCAGGUGGGCAACGACCUGGGCAGCCCCGAGCCGCUGCGCUGGCUCCUGCGCUCGCCCUUCGACCGCAACGUGCCGGUGCAGCUGGAGCUGCAGGAGCUGCUGCUCGACCAUGUCUUCCAGCGCCUCGGCGUCGCCUCGCAGGGCUGCGUUGAUCAUCCGAUAGUGCUGACGGAAGCUGUGUGCAACCCCCUGUACUCGAGGCAGAUGAUGUCGGAGCUCCUCUUCGAAUGCUACCAAGUGCCCAAAGUGUCCUACGGCGUGGACAGCUUGUACAGCUUCUACCACAACAGAAGGCAGAACUGGCCCUGCAGCGGUUUGAUAAUAUCCUCAGGUUACCAGUGUACGCAUAUUUUGCCAGUCUUAGAGGGCAGGUUGGAUGCUAAAAACUGCAAGCGUAUUAAUCUUGGAGGGUGUCAAGCUGCUGUGUAUCUGCAACGCCUCCUUCAGCUAAAAUACCCAGGACAUUUUGCUGCCAUCACUCUCAGCCGUAUGGAGGAAAUACUGCAUGAGCAUAGCUACAUUGCAGAGGACUAUAUAGAAGAGCUGCAAAAGUGGCGCUCCCCAGAGUACUAUGAGAACAACAUGCACAAGAUGCAGCUGCCUUUCUCCAACAAGCUCCUGGGCAGCACCCUGACGUCGGAGGAAAAGCAGGAGAGGCGGCAGCAGCAGCUGCGUCGUCUUCAGGAACUAAAUGCCCGUCGUCGAGAGGAGAAGCUGCAGCUCGACCAGGAAAGGCUCGACAGGCUGCUCUACGUACAGGAACUCCUAGAAGACGGUCAAAUGGAUCAAUUUCACAAAGCUUUGGUGGAGCUGAACAUGGACUCUGCAGAAGAACUUCAGUCUUACAUCAAUAAACUGAGUCUGGCAAUUGAACAAACAAAGCAGAAAAUUCUCCAGGCAGAAGUCAAUAUUGAAGUGGACGUUGUGGACAGCAAACCAGAGACGCCUGAUUUGGAUCCAUUAGGCAGUGAACAGUCCCUGGAGGAUGUGGAAAGUAUUAAUGAGUUUGAGCCUCUGUUUGCUGAGGAGCAGCCUGAAGUUGAGAAGCCUGUUGCUGCAGUGCAGCCCGUGUUUAACCUGGCAGAGUACCACCAGCUUUUCCUUGGAACYGAGAGAAUCAGGGCUCCAGAGAUUGUCUUCCAGCCUUCCCUGAUAGGAGAAGACCAGGCAGGAAUAGCAGAAACCAUGCAGUAUGUCCUUGAGAGGUAUCCAAAGGAGCAGCAAGCUGUUCUUGUCCAGAAUGUUUUCCUCACUGGUGGAAAUGCAAUGUACCCUGGACUGAAAGCCAGAGUCCAGAAAGAGCUCCUGGAAAUGAGGCCCUUCCAGUCAUCUUUUCAGGUUCAUCUUGCUUCCAGUCCUGUUUUAGAUGCRUGGUAUGGGGCUAGGGAUUGGGCAGUGGAAUACAUGAACCGCGAGGAAGGCUGGAUAACCAGGAAGGACUAUGAAGAAAARGGGGGGGAAUACCUCAAGGAACACUGUGCUUCCAAUGUCUACGUUCCCAUUCGCCUUCCAAAGCAGGCGCYGCGGACGACGGAGGCGCUGGCACCCAGCAGGACACUGGCGUCCAGCACAGGCGGUGCCUGUGACCAGGCAUAGCCCAGGGCCUUGUCCCCUCCUCUCCUGGGGACAUAACGGGGCAAGGAAGGGAAGAAUUGGUGCUCUGCUGAGCGUAGGCCUCAGCCUCGCCUUGCUGGCUGGUUGGAGAGCUUGCUAUAACUCAGCUGGUCACUUGAAUGAGGAGGAGGUUGGGGCCAAAGGCUCUGGGCAUCAGCUGGCAGUUGUAGUGCUCGUCACCUCUGUAACACAGGAAUAUGUGUUGGCCAGAAGGAACACAGGAGGGAAGAACAUUCCAGUGAAUGCACAUUUUCUCCAACUUUCUCUCAGGAUUUUUAUUCAAGUGUGCUUUAUACUAUUUUUUUAAUUAAAAYGUACUGUUUUUAUACUUUAUAUUGCGUGGUCUGAAAUCCAGGCUUGUAUCAAGCCCAUGAGCCCAGCAGGCGUCUCCCUUGCUCGURGUGUGAGCGCUCGUCAGGACGUGUCAUGAGGGACAGGGCUGCCCUGUGGGCUCCCUCCCGAGGCACCUACGACUUGCAGCCUCAUUGACUUUUUAUUUUCCCCCCCACUCUGCUCUGCAUUUCUGAMUAAACCCUCCGUGGAAUCUGUGCUGAGACUCGAGGUGAUUUCUGCUGGUGAACUGGUGGCCUCCUUGAAACUGCAGACCUGCUCGUAUGGAGGAUUGCCCAGCUGUGAAGAGAACCCUUCAUCAAGCACGGACAGAAGGAUUUCCAGCUCUUCUACAGUCCUUGUUUUUUGCAGGAGUGGUGAUAGAAGAGGGGAACUCUUGACUGGCGGRACUCUUCUAUAUUCCUGUCUGAAAGAGUUGGCUGGGGAUAUCCCUGCCCUUUUUGGGGGCAAGCUAAUUUGUAAUCGGUACCUUGUAAUGCAUGGUCUGUUGGCUUUCUCCUUUGGGAACACCUUGGCUCAUUCCUUUGGAACCCUCAGGGCCAGCUUUAUUUUAGCAAGGCUGGGAAAGGAGGAGACUGCUCCCUUGCCAGAAAUCCCCACUGUGGUAUCCCAGUAUUGUGAUGAGUGCCAGCACCCAUGUGGUGAGGGUUAACAGAAGCUCCAAGAGGGUUUAAGAGGUCAACAAAUUUACCUUUUGACUUGCUAGAUAAUGUUUAAAUUCUGUUUGCAGUCUGACUAAAAGCAGACUAGACUAUCAUCAUCAUCAAGUUGUCUUAACAGCUAAACAAACUCUCUUGGUGCUUUAUCACAGACUAAUGUUUCAGUCAUUUGACUCCUUUAAAGAGUAAAGCAAUAAGCCUGUAUUUGGUUGAAUAAUUUUAGCUUGCUGCAAAGUGCAGGUUUGCAGGUGGGCCCCUCUCCUCCUGCACAAUGAAUUCCAGCUGAAAUUGGAUGGGGAAUUCAGGUGUUGUGGUGAACAAGACCCUUUUGCAAGGGAAUAAUCAAUACCAAAUGCUGAAUUGAAACCUAAGGCACCUCCCUCAGUUUCCUAAGAGCUGUGAACCAGUAGGCUGCAAACUGUUUUCCAAUAGGAAAAGAUAAUUC